UUAAUAGCGCCCAUUUUUACAAACACACUCUUUCCAAUCCUGCGGACAACUCCGCACUUCGCCUUCACACUCUCUCUCCACCCGUCUCUCUCUCUCUCUCAAGUUUACACCUCACCGUCAUACUCUUUCCACCCGUCUCUCUCUCUCUCUCUUUCCUUCCGUCACCCUAAUCUCUCUCUUUCUGCCCUACGAACACAGAUCUCUCUCUGCAACCUUCUCUCCACUUCAAACAACCCUAGAUUUCUACUCCUCUCCGCAAUGUCGCCUCGGAGACUCCUUGGGGUUCUCGCGGCGGCGUUCCUGCUGACGGAAUGCGUCGCGGCGGCCGCGACGUUCUCCUCGAGGCUCGUCCACAGGUUCUCCGACGAAGUGAAGGCCCUUAGGGUUUCCAGGAAAGGAAUGGCGUCGUCCGCUCCGUGGCCGGAGCGGAGGAGCUUGGAGUACUACCGGCUGCUAGCGAGCAGUGACUUGGAGAGGCAGAAGAUGAGGGUAGACUCUAAGUACCAGCUACUGUUCCCCUCCGAAGGUAGCCAAACGAUGUCGUUGGGUAACGAUUUUGGAUGGUUGCAUUACUCCUGGAUUGAUAUAGGGACGCCAAGUGUUUCUUUUCUUGUCGCAUUGGAUGCUGGGAGUGACUUACUCUGGGUUCCAUGUAACUGUAUUCAAUGUGCCCCCCUAUCUGCCAGUUACUAUAGCAGUCUGGAUAGGGAUUUAAAUGAAUAUGACCCAUCUGGAUCAACCACUAGCAAGCAUCUAUCUUGCGGUGACCAGUUAUGUCAACUGGGUCCAAAUUGCCAGAGUCCUAAGCAGCCAUGCCCUUACACAGUUAACUACUUCUCAGAAGAUACAUCCAGUUCCGGAUUUCUGGUGGAGGAUACAUUGCAUCUUGCUGGAAGCGGUGAUACGUCCAAUAUUUCUGUGCAAGCUCCAGUCAUCAUCGGAUGUGGAAGGAAGCAGAGUGGCGGUUACUUAGAUGGAGUUGCUCCAGAUGGUCUUAUGGGUCUUGGACUAGGCAAGGUUUCUGUUCCGAGUGUUCUUGCAAAAUCAGGAUUGGUGCGGAACUCUUUCUCUUUGUGUUUUGACGAUGAUGAUUCUGGGAGAUUAUUUUUUGGGGACCAGGGACCAGCUGGUCAACAUUCUACUCCGUUCCUGCCUUCAGGCGGAAAAUAUAUAACCUACAUCGUGGGGGUCAAGGCAUGUUGUGUUGGGAGUUCUUGUCUUGAUAAGACAAGCUUCCAAGCACUGGUUGAUAGUGGGGCCUCAUUUACAUUUCUCCCAAAAGAAGCAUAUGAAGGGGUUGUUGAGGAGUUUGACAGACAAUUAAAUGCUUCUAGAACUAGCUAUGAAGGAUACCCUUGGGAGUAUUGCUAUAAUUCCAGUUCGCAAGGCAUGCCCAAGACUCCUCCUGUGGCACUUCAAUUUGCAGUUAACAACAGCUUUGUGGUCCAUGAUCCUGUUUUCAUCGUCCAGGGCAAUCAGGAGGUUGUGGGAUUUUGUUUAGCCAUACAGCCAACGGAUGAAGAUAUUGCAACAAUUGGACAGAACUUCAUGACUGGUUAUCGGAUGGUAUUUGAUAGGGAAAAUCUGAAGCUGGGCUGGUCACGUUCCAAUUGUCAAGAUCUUAGUGAUGCUUCAAGAAUGCCGAUGACUCCUCCAAAAACUAGCCCCCCAAACCCAUUGCCAACAACCGAACAGCAAAGCGCACCUAAGGCGAAUGCAACUGCUCCUGCUGUUGCAGGGAGGACUCCCUCAAAAUCGUCGGCUGCCUCACCCUGGCAUCUACCAUCAGAUUCGCGGUUAGUUUUGUUCUUGCUGCUGCAGCUGGUGCUACUAUUUUUGCAUCCACUUGCCUCAGGUCUCUAAGUUGGACAUUUGCAUUGUCCAAGGGAUUGGUGUAGUUUACAUGUAAAUCCUGUUUCCCCCAUCCGCGAUGAGCACUUGUCAAUUAUGUUGUUUUCAUUUCCUCCUCCCCCACCCCACCUUGAGUCAUCAAACUGUUUUUUGUUGCCUGGACUUGUGUACCCAUGUCAUAUCCUCCCUUUUGCUUUCUUCUUUUCCCCUUUCCACGUUAUAUGUAGUUUUUGGCUUUUCUAUAUAUAAGUAUCCGUUUAAAUUAA